CCCUUCCAAACCGAUUUACAAAUCUAUAGCAGACCCUCAAACAAUCGAAUCACAGCAAAAAACAAAUACUUGAACAUAUAUGUAUACAUACGCAUACAUUCUUUCCCUCCCUUUUGAAUAAAAGUGCCUUUAAAUCCAAUCAAACUGCAUCAAAUUACACGUACAUAUCAAUCCCUUAAAUAGGCCUGAUAUGUUUAUUUUUUGCAUCCAUGCAUUAAAAAACACCCCAUCGUGAAUGUUAAAGAAUGCUAAGUGUUUCUUCCUUGCCCCACAUCCCUCUCUUCCACUAAGUUUCAUAGAAAUUGGCUUUGUAGUUAUUGCAUAACUCUGCUGACAAUGGGGCGCCAGGGGGUGAAAACAUAAUUGAAGGACGGAACGGAAAACUAAAGCUGAACUAAGCAACAACAACAACAACAACAACAACAACAACAAAACGUGAUAUCCAUCCACAGAUGUUGGAAUCACGUCGGCGGCGCUCAGCAUCCAGGGCCUGAAUGCGAAGAGUCGGCUGCAGGAAGGCAUUUUUUCUCUCUCGCACACACACACACACACACACACACUCACUCUGCACCGAUCCCCGAUCGACGAACAUGGACUUGCACAUCCUGGACCACAGACUCCGGGUCACCAGCAUAUCCAAGGAUGGGCUGGUGAAUUUCACACACCCCCUGAUCAAGCUGAUCUUCCUCCGCAACAGGACACGAUGCAAGUUUUUCAGUCUGACAGAGACGCCGGAGAACUACACAGUCGUCCUUGACGAGGAAGGAUUCAAAGAACUUCAGCCCUCGGAGCACCUCAAGGUGGAAAGCUCCAUCUGGCUGCCGCUCAACGUGGUCUCCAAUGGCAACGCCUCCAGCAGCUCGCAGGCUGUCGGCGUCACCAAGAUCGCCAAGUCGGUCAUCGCCCCGCUGGCGCAGCAGCACGUCUCGGUCUUCAUGCUCUCCACUUAUCAGACCGACUUCAUCCUGGUGAGGGAGAAAGACCUGUCCGUGGUCGUCAGCACUCUGGAGGAGGAGUUCAACAUCUACAAGGAGUCGGGAGGGGAGUCGGUGCCCGUGCACUGCCAGGAUGUGUCCGGCGGCCUCCAGAAGAACGGCAAAGAAGCCCUCCAGCCCACAGUCCACCCGGUGCUGAUCCCCCAGAACCACUUCUGCGUCAUGUCCCUGGACCCGGACACGCUGCCGUCCAUCGCCACCACGCUCAUCGACGUGCUCUUCUAUUCCAGCAGCCCUAAAGAGGAGCCGCCGUCUUCCCCCAGCCCGGACUUGGACUGCAUCAAGUUCUUCUCCUUCUCCCUCAUCGACGGCUACAUCUCACUGGUGAUGGACACCGAGGCUCAGAGAAGACGAGUGCGGCAUAGUCGCCCAGAUAUCCCAGCCCCUCGCCGACAGCGACAUCUCCGCCUAUUACAUCAGCACCUUCAGCUUCGACCACGCUCUGGUUCCCGAGGAGGACAUAGUGAGCGUGACGGACAUGCUGCAGCAUCAGAGAAAGGAAGCAGCCACCAGCUGAUUCCUGAAAUCCCAUUCGAGCUCCGGCCCCCUCCCUCCCACUCCAUCACUCUCCCACGCCUGCUCCAGCACCAGCUCCAUGCAGUGGCCAUGAGGGGGGGGGGGGGGGACGACUAACUCUGUGCCUAGACUAGCACUGCGUCGCCGGCAGUAUUAACUUCUACGAAACUCGGGAAGCACUUGUUGUUUGUGGUGUCUGUGUGCGAGGAUGCACUGAGACGACAGGGGCCCGCGCGCGCGCACAACACACACACACUCGCACAACACACACACACUCGCACAUCACACACACACUCGCACAUCACACACACACUCGCACAUCACACACACACUCGCACAUCACACACACACUCGCACAACACACCCUCGCACAUCCGAACUCACAAGCACAAAGUCAGAUACAUCGACGGCGCACGAUCCGACUCUUCCGGUCUCCAGCACGGGGACUCGAGAUCUCAUGGUGUGUGUGUGUGAUCUGAAGUUGAAUUGUUCAUCACAUCGUUUUUUGCUACGCGCUGCAGAAUAUUACUCGCAUAACCCUUUUUUUCCGCCAGUGCUACAAAAAAACAAAAACAAUUUAGUCUUCCAGUGAUGUGUACAAGCAUAACGCCGCGUGUCUGAGCGACCGUUGUUUUCUCCGCAGUCGAAGGCUCGUUCGAAGGAAUUUGCGAUUUGUCUUCUUCUUUCUUUUGCAGUGUGAAAGUGAGUCUGCUUUAAAACGCAGGGCGGUUGUGUGAAUGCUGCUCCCACAGUGGUUUUCAUGCAGAGGAAAAUGUCUCUUCAUUAAUUCUUUUUCUUUUUUCCACGACAGGGAUCGCUCACCUUAGUUUGAGAGGAAUGUGCAGGUAGUUCUGACAUAUGGCAACUACUAUAAAUGCAGUCACACAGGAGGCUUGGUCAGUAUUUUUUUUUUUUUUCAAGAGGUCAGCAUUUCUUAACCUUAGAAUCCCUCGAAGUCAAUAACACUAUGUCUUAUUUCUUCUUUUUUUUUGUUUGUUAUUUGCACAAUAAACUUUUAGUUAAGCUAAUAUCACUUAGAUGUUUUUUUCUUGGUACAACUACAUUUUGUACAUUUCGAAGUAACAGUGUUCUGUAAAACAUUUGUAAUUUUUUUGUUUUUGUGCCGCUUCAUUCAAUAAAGAAUGUUGGAAAUAU